AUGGGAACUAGCACCGUGAGACGUCUGGUGUCCCUUAAGUGCUAUGAGAAUGUGCCAUCGGAGAUUAGCUCUCGAGAUUUCACCGGCACUGGCUCAAUGAAAUACGCCGCCGCCCGAAAUGAGACACAAGACUUGCUGUCUCUGUUUAGACUCCUAUCAGGUGCCGAGGCGCUUUUACCUUAUUGGUUUAGUGCGCUCACUACGCUGUACGGUAUACUUAGCCCUCCUCGCGAGACCCCUCGACUAUCCGUGCGGAACACUGGACCGACGCUGCGGGGCUGAGUUUCACUUGUGUUUUUGUCAGCGAAAAUUGGGCUUUAUCACAACACAAUCUAUAGACAUGUCGCACAGACAGGCCCUGCUAAUAUAUCGGUUGGCAAGAUGGCCACGCCAGCUAUGGAGUCCAAAUAACGAGAGGGAUGCAUUUGGAACCUCCUUCGGAGUACAACCGGGAACUUAUCAAUGUCGCUGUCAUAAAAGCUUGAGCAGUAGGUUGCAGAUUGUUAGCAUUGAGGAAGUCGGUAUCGUCUUGACGGACACGGCGCCUUGGAAAGUUACAGCUAAUGAAACGGUGUUCAGGUAAUCUGGUGAGGUAAUCGGGUCGCGAGUCUGCAUGCACACCAAGUUCGAGAUCUAUUUGGCUUGGAAUAGCAGUGAGUCCAGCCUGAGAAGCUCUUGAGACGU